AUGGGCGCAGCGCCUGGUUCAGGAUGGGCUGGGGUCUGUGGCAAGGGCAAGGUCGCCGUCAGAGACUAUCCAGUCUCGUCUGCAUCCAUACGAUUCACGAUGCCCUUCAGGAGGUCGACCGUGAGGACAUCAAGUCGUUGGUCUGAAGUAUUCACCAGUUGGAGACUGUGGCCGCCGGCUCAUCGCGGUUCUAAAAAUAUCUUGUUUCGCUCCAGGGAGGAGCUGCGAUCGCUAAAUACUCAAUAUCCCACAGAGGAUGCAACAAUAUCUUCACAAAUAUCUCCCUCGCACAUUCUCAUUCUCGGUGGCGGACUUUCGGGCCUGUCCUCUGCCUUUCACCUUUCAAGGAGGUUUCCCUACUCGCAGAUUACUCUUGUUGAGAAGACUUCCCGUCUAGGAGGUUGGGUGCACAGUGAACGAGUCAAAGUUAAGUUGGGUGAAGAUCAAGACGCAAGGGAGGUAGGAGUGCUACUUGAGGCGGGUCCAAGGACGUUGAGACCAAAUGGACUUGCUGUACUGGAAUUGAUAAAGCUGCUUAAUCUUCAAAAUUCGGUCAUCACAGUCCCGCGUACCGCACCCGCCGCGCGCAAUCGCUUCCUACACCUUCCUGGCACCCAUGGUCUUCUCCCAAUCCCAAAUUCUCUAUUUAGCCUCCUGACAUCACCAUUCACGCGCGUGCUCCUCCCUGCAGUGUUCUGGGACGCGUUGACAGGCUCAAACAGGCCUUCCGGCAAGAGCAUUGAUGCCGAAUUCGACGAGUCGGUUGAUUCUUUUUUAGCACGUCGAUUUGGCUCCGACUUCGCACGGACCUUCGGCAGCGCUCUUGUACAUGGAAUAUAUGCAACGGAUGCGCGUUUGUUGAGUAUGCGCGCAGCGUUCCCUUCUUUGUAUGAACUCGAGACGCGUGGUGGGGGUAGUGUUGUUCGUGGGGCGAUAAGGGGGGCAUUCGCCCACAAGGCUGAAAACAACAACAAAUAUGACACGGGGAAUGUAGAGAGCAUGAUGAAGAGCAUGAGUGUGUUCUCGUUCAGGGAUGGAAUACAGACACUCACAAACGCACUGGAGGGAGCAUUGAAAGGUAGAGACAAUGUAGAAAUUGUUCUUGAUGAUGAGGCGGGGCAAUUGUUAAAAGGAUCUUUGGGCGGAGGAUUCGAGGUCAUCACGACGUCUGGACGUCGGCUUCAGUCUUCCCAUCUUGUAUCGGCUCUUCCAUUGCACGCAUUACAUUCACUAUUGCAACGAUCUUCCAACCCAUCGUCAUCUUCGGGUCUCUCUGAACUGAGCCCUAAUCUCACCGCAAACCCGUCGUCCACUGUGAUCGUUGUCAGCUUCAUCUUUCCCUUGCAACCUGGAGCGCCUCCGCCGCAUCCACUUGGAUUCGGCUACCUUGUCCCGCGUCCGUUCACAGACUACGGCGCGCAAGACCAAAAUGAGAUGGGCAUUCUAGGCACGGUAUUCGACUCGUGUUCUGUGCCCGAGCAGGAUGCAGAUCCUGAUGGCGUCCCGGCGCCUAUCACCAAGCUAACCGUCAUGCUCGGCGGGCCUUACACCUUGUCCACGACCGACUUGGAAUCACCUUCGUUCAUUGAUCGCUUGCUAUGUCAACUGUCUGCCCAUCUCUCGACGAACCUCCCGCAACCCUUGUGCACGCGCAUUCACGUAAACCAAUCCUGCAUUCCAACACCCACUGUUGGUCACGAGAAACGCAUGGAUGAGCUCCGGAAAACCGUGAGGAGAGAAUGGGGGCCGCAGAUGGAGGUCAUUGGUGCAGAGGUAGGUGGUGUUAGUGUAAGUGCAUGUGUGGAAGCGGGAAGAAAGGUUGGAAGAGAAUGGUGA